CCUCACUCCUCUAAUUAAUUAUGUUCAUGUUUAUUAUUAGCCAGCAUAAGUUGAUGAGCCGGGAGGGAGGUGGCUUCGCGUUUACUGCUGCCACAAGCACAGCUCACAAUCACAUCGUUUAUUUGUGCGCCUGACGCGCGCAGGAGCGCACGCACAGUCCGCCUGUCCACGAGCGACUUCAAGUUCAGCGAGAACUCCUGAGCACGCUUCCACUGACCCAUUCCAGCUGCGCAAUCAGCUUUAUUGGGUACUAAAGCAGUACUUUAGAAAACGCAUGGCAUGGUGACUGAGAGGAACGGAGGAAUUCUCUCUUCGGCGUCUUUAGUGGAGAUUCGGCGUUGAAUGAAACUGUCUGCAAAAUUAGCUGUCAAACGCGCGCAGGAUGUGUCGAGUGUCGAGAAAGUAGAGCUGUUUAAUCGACUAUCAACAAACUUCAGUUGCUUUGACUGACAUUGGCACGUCAUGGCAUCAGUGUCGUGGAGACACGCGCUUUUCUUCUUGCUAGCCGUGAAUCUGUCUGUGCUGACAACAGCAUGCAGUGGUCACUAUGGCAGUGUCAUUGAGGAGUUCUGCCUGGCCAAGUUCAAGCUGGACAUGGAGGUUCUCGAUCAGCGCCAGUGGUGCAGCUGGGAGGACACAGUUGAGUCCUAUGGAGAACUGACCAACUGCACGUUCCUGGUGGCUCUGAAGAUGAACUGUUUCUGGCCCAACCGAAUGGUGGACGAAUUCUUCAUCCGGGUGCACAGGCACUAUUUCCAUGACUGCUCAAUGUCUGGACGGCUGCUUCACGAUCCACCCAAUCGGAUCUUGGGGCCUUUUAUUGUGGUGCCCAUUCUGGUGACGCUACUCAUGACUGCCCUAGUGGUGUGGAGGAGUAAACGCAGCGAGGGUAUCGUAUAAUCGAUAAGCUAACCAAGUACCUCCACACUGAACAAUAGAGAAGGACUGCAAGCACUAAGAAAGACUUGUUUCUCAUCAAGUGGUUGUAUAUCCAAACACUUCUAGUGAAUGCUGACACUGUGUUAUCUGCACACAGAUAACAAACCAGUCAUUUAUACAGAAACCGCACUAUUUCUUUGAGGUAGUUUUUUAACUUUUGUCAUACCAGUAUUCUGUUAGUAAAACAGAUCUCCAGUCUAGAUGCAAGUCAUUAUCAUGAUGACGGAUAAGUUUCACCUUGGAUGGACACCCACCGAAGGAAGGACACUGUUAUUCCCACACGUUCGACAAACCUUUACCAUCAUGUGAGCACUGGACAUUGAACAAACCUUUUUGUGUCACCCUCAAUGCAUUUCACUCUCAUAAAUGUGCUUUGUGCCAAAUGAUGACACUCAUUCAUUCAGUCAGUCAGUCAGUCAGUCAGUCAGUCAGGAUUAGUAUUCUUUUGUUGAUUUAAGAAAAGAAGAGGGCUACAACCACGAUAUACUGCAGGCAAUAGACAUCAGGUUCUGGAUCAGAACUGCAGUCUUUUGUACUGACAUUGUAUCAGAUAACAGUAGAACCAUUGAACCAGAAAGAAUCAGUGCAUUUAUUUGGCGUCUCUCAUCUCGUGAACUCUCGUCAUAAGGUCAUGUCAAGGGAAAAUAUUUUCCUGCUGUAGCGGAGAGCAACCUACCGGCUAAGAAGCUUGCAGCAUUUGUUGUGAAAUAAUUUAUGUAUUAGCACUAAAAGGAUGUUUUUAUUCACAUGAUUCUGCUAAUUGCUUUUUUUAAAGCUAUAUAUGUGUUUCCCUGGAGCUCUGUACCCACAGUGAGUGGUUUAAAAGCCUAUGGUGAACUGGACCGUGGCACAGAGACAGUAGACAUUUCUAAUGUCAGCUGAAUUUCAAAGCAUCUGAUUUCUGUUGCAGUUUUAAUAAAGCCAUUUGCCCUCGACUCUUUUAUUCUGUAUAUUUCCCCUCAUUAGGGGUUUGCUUCGUAGCACACCAUAUGCUGUCAGGAGAACAAACUGUAACAAGGGUAGGCAUGUGGUCAUGAGCCAGCUGAAGUUUAGCUGUUAAAUUACAGCAGGUCAGAUAGAGUGUGAUCAGUCAGUCUAGUUUGAUGUUUAUGCCGCAUGAUUUUAAUGUCUGCAUUUUGUUGCAAGAAGGAUGUUCAUGGAUUCAUGUAUUAUGCUAUUUUUACCCUGAGCUUAAUUUUGCAAUGUCAAAGACAAAUAAGAACUCCUUGUAAAUAACUGCCUGCAUUACCAAUUCACUGAUGUGCUGCUAUUUUAUAAUGCAAGUUGUAAAGCAUUAUACUAGUAAACCUAAAUCAGUAACCCACCCAACUCCAUUAAUAAAAAAAGACAUAAAGGAAACAA